GUGCUUUGUUGUCAGUUUUGGAUGACAGGGGUAAACGAGAGGCUCUUCUUAUUGAAUCCCUAGAGAAACGAAUAGCGUUUCUGUGCCAAGCGAUGUCAAGUAGAAUGGUAAAUAGUGAUAGAAUUGACAACUUGGCGCAAUCUGAUCAAUCUGAGCUGGAUAGUGUUAGAGAAGACACUUAUUCACCAGUAUCUGAUGUAGACAACAACUUAUCUGGAAUUGCAAAUGAUUCUCUGCCUUCAUCUGGAGUUGUGGUUCUUGAAGUUAGAAAGAAAGGAGAACAACAGAAACAGAAAUGGAGCCGAAUCCAAGCAUUUGAUUCAUGGUUAUGGAAUUCCUUUUACCUAGAUCUUAAUGCUGUCAAACAUGGUAAACGAUCCUAUUUUGAUACACUUACUAGAUGUGAAAGUUGUCAUGAUUUGUAUUGGAGAGAUGAGAAGCACUGCAGGAUUUGCCAUACGACAUUUGAGCUUCAUUUUGAUCUGGAAGAAGCGUAUGCCAUCCAUGUAGCCACAUGUAAGGAGAAAGAAGCGAGUGAUAGUUUUCCUAAGCAUAAGGUCCUCUCAUCACAGAUCCAAUCACUAAAAGCUGCAAUGCAUGCAAUUGAGUCAGUCAUGCCAGAGGAUGCUUUGUUGGGUGCUUGGAAAAAAAUCUGCUCAUAAGCUAUGGGUGAAACGACUAAGACAUACCUCAUCUUUGGCUGAGCUUUUGCAGGUUCUUGGUGAUUUUGUUGGUGCCAUCAACGAGGACCGAUUAUAUGAAUGCA